AUGGCAGGGACUCAAUCUUGUCCACCCCCAGAGCUCCCAAGGCUCGUCGCAGAGCAGCACCAUCCGAUUCCUUCUACGGACAAGGACACUCCAAGACUCAUCGUCGUCCUUUCCAAUGCAAGCCUCGAGACCUACAAAGCAUCUCAUGGGGGAAGAUCGGGAAACGCCAGGGACGAGAAAUUCUCGCUCCUCAAUAGUGAUGAACAUAUCGGGAUCAUGCGAAAGAUGAAUCGGGACAUCAGCGAAGCUAGGCCAGACAUCACCCAUCAGUGCCUGCUCACGCUGCUUGAUUCGCCUGUGAACAAGGCGGGCAAACUCCAGAUUUACAUCCAUACCGCAAAAGGUGUUCUGAUAGAGGUCAAUCCCACUGUUCGCAUACCUCGUACUUUCAAGCGGUUCGCUGGGCUUAUGGUCCAAUUACUUCACAAGCUUUCGAUACGAUCGCUGAACUCUCAAGAAAAGCUACUCAAAGUCAUAAAGAACCCAAUUACCGAUCAUCUGCCGCCAAAUUGCAGGAAAGUGACUUUGAGCUUCGAUUCCGAAGUAGUCCGCACCAAAGACUAUGUCGCAAGCCUCAGCCCGAGCGAAAGCGUUUGUGUCUUUGUUGGGGCAAUGGCCAAGGGCAAGGACGACUUUGGUGACGAGUUCAAGGAUGACACGAUCAGCAUCAGCAACUACAGUCUGAGUGCCAGCGUCGCCUGCAGCAGGUUCUGCAAUGCCGUCGAAGACGUGUGGGACAUCAUUUAG